AUGUAUUUUUUCUUCUGUAAAGUUAUAAUAUAUUACCUUGUAAUAUCAAUAUUUCACAUAUAUAAUAAUGAUAUUAUCCAAAAAAAGUAUAACAAAUGUGAUAUACCCCAUUUUAAAAAAUUUAGAUCCUUGUCAACCUAUGAUAACACUGAACAAACAAAAAAGGGAUAUCUAUCCUUUUUUAAAAAGAAGACAAUAAAGGAAGAAAUAAAAAACAAAGAAUUUACAGAAGAUAUUUUUGUUAUUGAUUGUUUAGAUUUAGAUAAUUUUUUAAAAAAUACAUCAUAUGAAGAACGAAAAAUAGAAAUUAGAGAGGAUAUAUUUAAAGGAUAUAAAGAAAUGUAUUUAGAUAUGUAUGAAAGAAAAAUAGAACUAAAAAAGAAAAAAAGUAUAUUUAAAAAAAUUUUAGACUUAUUACAUCGUAUACCUUCAAAAUAUAUAGACAAAAUGUUAAAUUAUCUUAUGCAAAAUUUUGUAUCCGUACCAAUAUAUGUAAUAGUAUUAUUAAUAAUAGGAUAUACAACAGCUUGUGUUGCUACUUCUGCAUCUAUGGCAUAUAGUACCAUAGCUUUCAGUUAUGCAUUUGUACUUGUUUUUGCAUUAUUAUUAUAUUUAAAAAAAUCUGAAAUAUAUUAA